UGUAAUUUCGGUCGUCCCAGUAAAGACAACUAAACGGUAACACAGCGUCUCAGCUGUGUAGGCGGGUUAGCACAAUGCGCACAGUGUGUGACGCAGCUCUUCCUGUCGGCGAGGAAGAAGCCUGGGGAUAAGUGAGCUGAUCCAGGAUGGGAUGAGGGCUGCCGUCUCACCUUUCCAGGCAGUGGGCGGCGGUGAGGACCCACUGAGGGGCAAUCAGAGUUCCUCCACAGAAAUGAAUGCCCGUGCUGCAAGACAGACAAGGGUCCAAGGGCAUUGGUUGAUCAGGGGGCAGACCUUGGCCAGGUGCCCCAACUGGAGCCAAAUGACAUGGAUAUUCAGGGGAUCUCUGGCAUUAGUCACCGGUCUCCAUCCCAUUCACUAAACCCUGAUGCUGUUCAUCGUGAACACCCCCAGGAGGAUACCCCAGACACUAUCUCAUCACUACAAACUACACAACUAAUAUUACAGAGAGAUCUCCAGCAGGGCCCAGGGCAACAGGAGCAGUUAGCUCAACAGCAGCUGGUGCAGCUACACAGAGUGGUACAGGAGCAAAGCAGACUCCUCUCCCUAAUGGGGCCCGGACUGCUGUCACCCCCCUCUGUCACUGCACAGUGGCAGGGUCGGAAAUCUACUCUGGUUUCUGGAGUUGAUUCCUCUGCUCUCUCUGACAACUCACAGAGGUCCAAUCAGAAAACAAACAUUCCCAUUUCGCCUUCGUCAGGUGAUGGUUGGCAGCCCAAGGUGUGUCCUGUUCCAACACAUUCUCUGAGUGGAGGACAGUUGAUGAAACUUUCUUCUAUCAAAGAGGAGAAUAAAGAGCAGAGAGGAGGUAAACAUCCCUGUCCUGUCAGUCCAUUUCGGAUACAAAUGCACACCCCUGGAGACCCUGAGGACAGACCCAUUAGGCCUGCGGUCAAAGAAAGAGAGAAGUCAUAUGAGGAAUUUGUGGAGGAACAGCAGAAUGUGGAUCCAGAUGUAAAUCAAAUCAGUAAGCAGAUGUUCAAAAUGAACACUCUAUGUAAGCAGCUUGAAAGCUUCAAGGAUAGCAGGGAGGCCAGGAAGGUGGCAGAGAUGAGGUGCUUCCUGAAGAAAGGGGACGGUGUAUCCAGAAUAAAGAAGACUAAGCACAGAGUACAGCAGAAGAACCAGAGAAGAACCUCCCUCUCCCUAAGCCUGCAGCCCAGGAAGGUGACAUCUGGCAGCCGGCAGAGGCGCUCAUCAGCCCCGUCGCUACAGCUCUGUGACAGGUCUGGACCCAGGGCCAAGGCUUUAAUGAUCACCCAGAGGAUCAGCCCUGAUCUGACUGAGUCCUGGGAACAAACAACACCAACUGCCACAACAGAGAAAGACAACAGACUUAAUCAAUUAGUCAGACAGGAAAGGGCAUCAGUGCCCAGAGAAACUGAACAAAGCAAGGCCACUGAUGACACUGCAUCUAGGGCUGAUUCUAAAGAGAGACAAGAUAUCUUGGGUGUUACAUCACCCAAUCAGCUUGUGAGAAAACCAUGUGUGACUUAUGUGGGGCCAAGUGAAGAAAUGGCAACACAGAAUCCAAUGUAUCCUGCUAUAAAGCACCUUGUCUUUAAACAAUGUGAGUUGAAGGAGUCACAUUUGGUAAUGCAGCCUUUUGACAGUGCCCCUACACAGCUAAAGAACUUGAGCCAACCCACUGUCAAAGCUCAGGACUUAAGUAUUGGCUUCAAGACAGUCAAUGACCACAUAGUAAGAGUCACUGACAAUAAGAUGUCCAGGACUAUGGAUGAGGAAAGUGACAGUCCAUUCCACAAGUCCAACACAUCCAAAUCUCAAAGCGGGUCUGCGGAUGUGAUGUCGCUCCCGUCUCUGAGUAGCCCAAGCAGCGAUGAGGACGACCACCACCCUAACUCUCAGUGCCGACAGCAGCCCGCCCGUCCCUCUCCUCUGUUCGGACACAAAGACCAGAACCUGGACCUGUCUGAUGGGGACUACAAAAGCCAUGCGCCCAGCGAGGCUUGGGAGAGCCGGCCCUUCAGAACCGAUCCCAUGCACGCAGCCACUCCCCGCCGGCCCAGUCACCACCGCCAUUCGUCCGGCUCCAACAGCAACGGUGACACCAAGCUCAGGCAUACGAACUGGAAUCAAACAAGACCACGUCCACUAAACCCUCAGUGUACAGAGCAAACAAGCACAUGGAUAGACCAUUCACUGGGGAUCCAAAACAGGGGAACAGGCAGCAGGUCACAAUGUCCCUCUGCAGAGCUCAGAGCCAGCAUGGCCCGUAAAGUAACAUCAACAAUUAAAGACACUCUGAAGAGCAGACAUCACCACAGGUCCACGUGCGCAAAUCAAACCUCAUCAAAGCCACACAGAGUUUGUCUGUUUGGAAUGAAAACACAAAAUAAUCCUGAUUUGCUGGACAUUAUGAAAGGGGAACCAGAAACAGCGAUGGAACGACUCAGGAAAAGAAUGGACCAAAUAGUGUGUGAUGACAGAGAAGAUCAGCACAGUGGUGGUGGAUCUUCAUUCAUCCACACAAAAGGCCGGGUGUUGAACAAUCAGCUGGUUCCUCAUAAACAACACAUUGAUGAGGCUCAGGAUCUCAGGCAGCAGAUUCUAGCACUUCAGGAGCAGUUCUUCCAGAGGGAGUGCCACUGGUCUAAGACUCAUUGGCGUCUGCAGGAACAGGUGGAAGCUCUGACCCGAGAGAACAUGCAGCUGCUUGACAAGCUCAAUGGACCUGAACCAUGCCACCUGGUGGCAGGGAGGAGCCCUAACACAAUCACUGCAUCUUACAGAGGGACCGGGAGCACUGUGUCAAGGGAUAUUCACAGGGGUACCAGUCAGAGAAUGAGGGAGAUAAGAUCUUCACAUUCAAGUAUCAGUGAAAAUCCAGCCCCAAGAAGGACACCAGUUGUCAGUUUUCCAUCGUCCAAGUCUGAGGGACUGCCAAAUAACGACCACCCCACUAAGGCUAAAAGUACGAGAGAUCAGGUACCUCCCUCCAUAAAGGACUUCUCAUCACAUUCAGGCAGUUCUGAAGGCAUUUGUCACCCAGGUGACCACUCUUUAAAACAGUGUCGAAACUUUAGGGAUCAGCGUUCGUUUUGGUCAGCGGAAAACAAGACAGAAGUAACAGACCGACAGAGCCGGAGUGCUACACCCAAAGGCCAACAGACAAUCUGCUCCUUUGAAUCAGAAAACAGGGACCACCAGAAUCCAGGAGCAAUGAAUGGCAACUCCAUCCACAUCAACAAUGACUUGUUGGAACAAACAAACAAUCCAGGUUGUAAGACUGAACAACUUUCCAGUGGCAGUCGGAUUAUCACAUUCAGCAACGGAACUAGAAAAGAGAUUAGUGCUGACCAGAAAUCAGUAACAGUCACAUUCUUCAAUGGCGAUGUCAAGCACAUACUGGUGGAUGGAAAAGUGAUAUACUACUUCGCUGAUGCACAGACCACUCACACCACAUACCCAACUGGUAUGGAGGUUCUGCAAUUUCCAAACAAGCAGAUAGAAAAACACCAUCCUGGUGGAAAAAGAGAGAUUGUUUUCCCAGAUCAGACAAUAAAGUACAUCUAUCCUGAUGGCAAAGAGGAGAGCAUCUUCCCAGAUGGAACAGUGGUCAAGCUUUCAGAGACUGGGGUGAAAACAGUGGAAUUCAACAAUGGCCAAAGAGAGAUCCAUACAUCUCAGUACAAGCGGAGGGAGUACCCUGACGGGACCACAAAGACAGUGUAUUGUAAUGGAAGGCAAGAGACUAAGUUCCCCUCGGGAAGAGUUCGUAUUAAGGACGAGAAAGGCUCUAUCAUAAUAGACAAGAAAUGAAGGAAAUAUGUUGAUUUUUUUUUUUCUAGCCUUUAUGCCAUAUUAUCAAUUCUAUAUAAUGUUUAUCUGGUACUCUUUUCCUGUGGAAUAUACAGUAUCUCACAGAAGUGAG